AUGGCCGUGGCUGAAGGCGGCUGGUGCGCGGUGAAGCGGUGCGCUGCUGCGGACGCCGGCGGUUCCUCCUGUCCCUUCGCGACCAGGGAGCCGCGCCCGUCUCCUCCUUCGCCUUCCUCCUCCUGCGGCUCCCAGGGCGAAAGCGGAUCCUGCAGCACUCCUCGGCCGGAGACCGACGGCAGCCACCGGCCGCCCCCCGCCGCCGCCGCCGAGGGCAGGUCGCUGCUCGCCCCCUACGUGCACUUCGGGACCCCGCACCCCUCCGGCCGUGCCGGCUGGGAGGACAUCCUGCUCUUCGCGGACUUAGACCAAACCAGCAAGCUGAUCUGGUCCAGCCGCGGCCCCAAGCUGAGCGCCCUCGGCGCCGAGCAGCCCGAGGAGAUGUACCAGACCCUCGCCAUCUCGGCCGCCCAGGGCCCCACGCCGUACGACGGAUCUCCGGGCGGCUUCAUGCACUCCACGCCCAGCUCGCCCGUCUACGUGCCCACCACCCGCGUGGGCUCCAUGCUGCCCACGCUGCCCUACCUGCAGGGCAGCGGGGCGGCCCAGCCCAGCCACCCGGGCGGCGGCCACGCCGUCUGGUCCCAGCCGGCCGCGGAGAGCCCCUCGUACAGCAGCGGCGGCGGCUCCCACCCCUCGGGCCGCUUCCCCUACUCGCCGAGCCCGCCGGUGGCCAACGGGGCCUCCCGGGAGCCCGGCGCCUACAGCAACAGCCUGGGCGCCAGGGACCAGUACAGCCCGCUGGCCCGGCCGCUCAAUGGCUCCUACCCGGGCCCCUACACGUCCUACGUGGGGCCGCAGCUCGCCCCUGCCUGGCCCACGGCGCCCUUCGAGAACUCCAUGCUGCACUGCCUCCAGGGCCGGGCCGCCCCCAUCCCCGUGCGGGCACCCAGCGCAGAGCUGCUGGAGGACCUGUCCGAGAGCCGCGAGUGCGUCAACUGCGGCUCCAUCCAGACCCCGCUGUGGAGGAGGGACGGCACCGGCAACUACCUGUGCAACGCCUGCGGGCUCUACACCAAGAUGAACGGCCUCAGCCGGCCCCUCAUCAAGCCCCAAAAGAGAGUGCCUUCGUCGCGGCGGAUGGGGCUGUCCUGUGCCAACUGCCACACCACCACCACCACGCUGUGGCGCAGGAACGCCGAGGGCGAGCCCGUCUGCAACGCCUGCGGCCUCUACAUGAAGCUCCAUGGGGUUCCUCGGCCUCUUGCUAUGAAAAAAGAAGGAAUUCAGACAAGGAAACGAAAACCUAAGAAUAUAAAUAAAUCAAAGGCAUGCUCUGGUAACAGUACUACUGCAGUUCCCAUGACUCCGACAUCCACGUCCUCCACCAACUCAGACGACUGCAGCAAAACGGCUUCUCCCGGCGCACAGCCUGCAGCCUCCGGGGCGAGCUCGUCCGUGAUGUCUGGCCCCGGAGAGAGCACCAGCCCCGAGAGCAGCAACCUCAAGUAUUCAGGUCAAGAUGGGCUGUACACAGGAGUCAGCCUGAGCUCCACGGCCGAGGUGACAGCGUCUGUGAGGCAGGAUCCCUGGUGUGCCCUGGCUCUGGCGUGACCUGGCGCGAGGGAAGCUGGAUCCUGGCAGCCCCCAGACAUCUGCGCGCAGUUUCCUCUGUGGAGCGAGCGGUCGCAGCGGCAGUGAGAGUGCUGGCAAAGACCAUUCCUCUGAAACAGUUUUUGAGCCUUGGUGGCAGAGGUGGUUUUCUACUUCCGAAAGAGGCUUUGCCAAAGCAUCCAGUUCCUCAACUAUGCAAGAAAAAUGUAGGGAAAGCAAAUGACCACCGGGGAUAGCUAAUGCAGCCUUACACUCUUAAAAAGCUCUUCAAAGCCCCCCUCAAAAAAACUUAAAAAAAAAAAAAAAGGAAAAGAAAAAA